AUGUGCAGACGCGCACCCUUCCCUCCACCAUCUGUUUCAACUAAUCGCUUGGGAUUAAGAAAUGCUGUAGUAAUGGAUCAGCAAGAAUUGCCAGUGUCUUCAAGAAUUAAUACAGCAACUAAUGAACAGGAAAAGAAGCAAACUGUUGCUGUAGAAGAAUUUACUAAAGAGAGGAUUACGGUGAGACAGACUUAUGAUGAGGAAGACUGCAGCUAUAUGCUGCGUGUACUCGAAAAGGAUGCCUUCUCGAUGGUUGUUUCCGCUUUCCGUGCUCAAGGAAUGCUGAAUGAUUACAAAAGGAUAUUGUUGGAGCAUCUCAAAACAGCGUUGUUUAUAUCUAAUGAAUCUUAUCACUCUGAAAUACGACAAGCAGCUAAUGAUGAAAUAUUGACGAAAAUAGCCCAAACUUUGAGUCCAUCGUAUGAUACAUAUGCACAGUGGGGAAUCGAAGGCUUGGAUCCAGUACCGCACUAUGACGACAUUCCCAUUCAAGAGGAUAUUGGUGAUGGCAAUAAAGUAAACCAAAAUGUUGCAAAUGAAUUGCUGAGGCUCGCAAAGGCACAUAAUGAAAGGCUACAAGAUGCAGAUACAGCACUACACGAGAUGAUUGCAUUGCCUAAAGCUCCUUACGUCCCGGAAAGAUUACGGUUAUUACUGCGUGAAACGGAGAGCCAUGAAGGACGUGUUGAUAUACUGCAUUCUGGCGAAGAUGAAAAUAGUACACGAACUUCUCGUAUAACUUCUAGUCUCAUCAAAAAGGAAACAUUGCCAUUCGAUGGAACUCAACAAUUCACAAGAGCAGUACACAGUGCAGAGGAACUACAUAUUGGUAGUUCAAACCAAAAAUCAACACUUUACUAUGACGUAGCACCAUCAACAAGUACAGCACACCCAAGUUCUUUUGAAUUGACAACAUCAUGUCCAUCUUCGAGUUCUAGUUCGACUCCAGUUAUUACUUCUGCUGAUCAAGCUGUUCUUAUAUCAAAGAGUGGUGCUCAAGGUGACGAAGAUUUCGAUUCGCAACUCGCAGGAGAAUACCUAAGACCAAAAAAACGGAGGCGCGAUUUGUCUGCUACAUGUGCUCGAGUACUACCAUUCAGGUUCCAGUCGCCAGCUCCGGGACAGAAAAGUAAACCCAUUCGUGGAAAUCCUGAUCGACGGCCACCGAGGCAAGUAUCACCAUCAGGCAUCUCAAAUUUCACAUCUACGUCGUCAGUGUCAGGCAAUCCGGCAUUUAUUGGUGCUCAUCCUCCCCACACGUCAGUACUUCCAGCACUUCGUACCACACCCGCGAGUUCCACCACAAUCAAUCCCGGGAGAUUGCAUCAAGUCCCUCAUCUUUUUACCUCAGGCGUGGUUAUAAAACGUACUCGAACACUGUCAUCCGGAGGGAAUGAGUCUGCAGUCUUGGAUGGAAGUUCUACUUUCCCUCGACAACUACCCAAUGCCCAGAAUGUGUUUAGGAUACAUCAGCCGGUACAACGAGCGUAUAUAAGAUCCUCCAGUGGACAGCGAUUUUAUGCAUCACCAAUAGUAUCAGCCUACAGUAAUCCAACUCGACCUUAUUACGGCAAUCCAAAUACUGUUGUUGGACUCAUGCGUUCAGUAUCAUCGAGUUCGCCACGUUCGUCUUAUACCAUAUCAUCUGGACCAAAUACAUCAUCUGCAUGUCAUUUACAGCCACAAACAAUAACUUCGAGCGAAAUUCAACGUUUAGUUGCUCAAGCUGCUGCAUCUGGUCAGCCACAACAAUAUCGUACUGUUCGAAGACCGCCUCCUCGACCGGUCGUUUUAACUAAUUCAUCGCGCUUUUCGGUCACAAAUCAGCGCCAGGGAAUUUCGACUUCCGUCACACCGUUCAUAAAUUUAACAGGAACAAAUUCGUAUUCUGUGCAGCAACAGCACCAGUUAGCUGUUCAUCCAUCACUUCGAGUAACCCACCGUACUGUUCUAUCAUCAUCUGCAGUUGGAUCAGCAACGCAACGUACACACGCUGUUCCUUCAACAUCACUUGAUGAUAACACGUCAGUUUCAGCCAAUGUGGACUUACAGCACAUUAAUAGUGCUAACCUAGAAUUGCAGGAGUCUGAUCUAGAUACCAUUGCAGCUGUCAAUUCCAUAACACAAGGUAACGAUGGGGCGAUGGAGCAGGAACGUGGAACAGGCGUGGAUAAGUCAGUGGUUGCAGUAAAUUCUGAUGAGACUGCAUCGCAAGUUCGUUUGGAAUGCGACGAAGUGUUGCUUCACGAAUCACGUUGUGUCCUACCCGAUUAUGAUAAUCCAUCUAAUGUGCAAGUAACACAACUUCAGCAACAUGCUGUUUGCGAAGAAGUUCCCACUAUUGUUAGUUACUGUGGAGAGAAUCAAGAUGGCAAUCGUAAUCGUGGCAGUCAUUUGAUGCCGGAACAAUAUGCGAAUGGUCUAAUUCAUCAGGAAGAUCAAAACGUCAUUAAUUAUGUCACUGCAUCACAGUGUAUUCAGUGA